CCCUUAAGAAGAGCAUUUGAGCUGAUGGUAAUUUUGUUUGAAGUGUUUAGCCUUCCUUAGUAGAGCAAGUUCCAGACAUGCAGGAGUUCUGUUCCCAUCAAGAUGGGAAUAUGUUCUUGACACAAGAAUAACCACCAGGUAAAGCUGAUCUUCUACUGUUGCUUGAAGAAUCAGAAUCUCGAAGGAGAAAGUAUGAUGAACCACACAGUUCCAAUAUUGAGAAGCCAGAAGGUGAUGAUAAUAUGAAAGAUCAAGUUGCAGAUGACAAGACGAAAAAGCUUCAUGUGCGAACACAAGAAUGUUUCCUGGCCUACGAGUCAACAGACCAAGCAAGCAGCCAUUCCAUUUCCUCAGGGAGGGAAGAAAAACCAGGCUAUGGGUCGUGAGAGCCGGUCUAAGGCAGGCAAAGGCAGAAGUAGCACUAGCUCUGCCUCUCAAGAGGUUAGCAGCCGUGAAUGGGAGGUGGUAAGAAUGAAUGAACAAGAAGAAGAUCUCAUCUCCAGAAUGUACCGGCUCGUGGGUCAAAGGUGGGAUUUGAUUGCUGGACGAAUUCCAGGGCGAACGGCAGAGGAAAUUGAGAGGUUUUGGAUCAUGAAAAACCGUGGAUGGGCUUCUGCAGAGAGAAACGUUUGAUACAAACAUGAAAGAAUGAAAGCUUAGCAGCAGGCUCAUUGGAAAAUGUAGUUUCAUGGCUUAGUUUUAGCUUCUUGGUUACCCUAUCAAUCGUUUCUGGGUUUUCUGCGAACCCUGUUUAGCAGUUUAUGGCUAAUGAUUCAUAUUCAGAUGCGGCCAUGCUGUAAUGCUGUCAACGCAA